CGGAGGCUUUGAUUGGUCAACAGCUCGAAACCAGGUAGUGGGAAUACGACGCAGCACGAGUUUGCCCCAUAGGUUUGCACAGUGCUUUAUUUGCAUUCAUCGUAUCCAUCAUGGAAACACCUCUGCUUCCUUAUGAGUCUGGUCGGUUCAUAGCAGAGCGGAGUCGGGAUGUGUCUGUGGAGGAGGAAGGAGUGCAGAAGGCGGCAGAGAUGCUCUACAGUCUCCGACAUAGUGAUAGUCUGUCAGCCAGUGGCUGGAAGAAGGCAAAUCCAUUGGCCCCAGAACCCACAUCCGACCAGGCCUUGAACUGGGUGUUUGUGGUGGACACUAUGAACUUCUCCUUUUGGCCAGAGAAAGAGAUUCAGCAGUGUGAGGUGAGCUAUGAAGGGACUACAUACACAGGCUACAUGACACUGUGUGCCGCUAUCACCAGGGCCAUGGAGGAAGGUAUACCCAUCACUGAUCCCAAGUACUUCUCUCAGAUGAGUGUGGAAGAGCUGGGACAUGUUCUUCGAUCAGACAAUGAAACUCCAAUGCCGAUGCUUCAGGAACGCCACAAGGUGCUGACUGAAGGCGGCCGCGUGUUGCUGGAACAUGGUGGAAGCUUCCGCAGUUUUAUCAGCCAAGCCGGGAACGAUGCCCGGAAGAUGGUGGAGCUCAUCGUGGAGAAGAUCCCUUCCUACAGGGAUGAAGCUAUGUAUGAGGGGAAGAGAGUCUCAUUUUACAAGCGAGCCCAAAUCCUUGUGGCAGAUUUCUGGGGCGUCAUGGAAGCUAGAGGAGAGGGCGAUAUCAUUAACAUGGACAGCCUCACGAUGUUUGCAGACUACAGGGUCCCACAGGCCCUCGUCUACCUUGGAGUACUGCGAUACUCUGACACACUGAUGCAGAUGCUGGAAAGAGGCGAGCUGCUGUGUUCAGGGGACAGGAGAGAGGUUGAGAUCCGAGGUUGUUCCAUUUGGUCUGUGGAGCUGAUCAAAGACCGACUUCACAAGCUGGUGCAGGAGAGAGACGGACAGACAUGCAACAUCAACUCCGCAAUCAUUGACUUCUACCUGUGGCCUUACGCCAAGCAGCACCACGAAGAGAUGGCCCACAUUCCCAUACACCACACACGCUGUAUUUACUACUGAUGAGCUGGCUGGCAGUAUUACAUACAGUAGGCUGCACUUCUCAGUGUGCAGCCUUGGCACCAGUGCCUUUCCCUGGGAUAAAGCCAAGCAUGUCCCUGUGCCAGAUAUAUGUACAAAUUGGAUUCUCUCUGGCUGUAAUGGAAACAGGUGUGAAGUUUAAAUGUAGCUUGUUUAUCUAUGUGGGCAGUAGCUCUGUUGUCCCUUUACAGUUAAUUAAAGUGUUUAUUGUUGAUAAGAUGCAACAUUUUUAACAAACUUCUCGCUGUAAUGGAGAGCAAGUGAUUGUACAUUCCAUGUGAACAUAUACUGCAUAUCUGCUGCAGUUUUCA